AACUGUCGGAGAUGGUGGCUUUUCAACUGUCUAUUCCGCUGAGUGGACGUAUUCACACGAUCACGGAGUAAAAACAAAGAUGGUUAGCUUAAAAAUAUUUGAUGCGUAUAAAGAUUGCAAAAUACUUCUGAAAGAGGCACCAUUUACAAUACUGUUAUCUUUUGGAGAAUAUGCAGCACCUGAAGUUGUCUGGCGAAAGGUGAAACCCCUGGUGAAACUGGCGAAACCUGGCGAAACCUCGGAGAAAGUCAAAACUCAGCAAAAAACAAAUCCUUUAAGACUUUGA